CCGGCAAGCGCCAGACGAUUGAUAUCUUCAAUUUCGCUGUCCUCUGCAAGAUCAAUCGCCCAUCAUGGCCCCCUCUCAGCUCCCCCCGAUUUUCAACCCCACCCCCCAGGACAUUGAGAUGCUCCUGGCGGCUCAGUGCCACCUGGGAUCCAAGAACCUCCAGGUGCACAUGGAGCCUUACCUCUGGAAGCUCCGCCCUGACGGUGUCAACAUCCUGAACAUCGGCAAGACCUGGGAGAAGAUUGUCCUGGCCGCCCGUAUCAUCGCUACCAUUGACAACCCGGCCGACAUCUGUGUCAUCUCCGCUCGUCCCUACGGCCAGCGUGCUGUCCUCAAGUUCGCCUCGCACACCGGUGCCACCGCCAUCGCCGGUCGUUUCACCCCCGGUAACUUCACCAACUACAUCACCCGCUCUUUCAAGGAGCCCCGUCUGAUCAUCGUUACCGACCCCCGCACCGACUCCCAGGCUAUCAAGGAGGCCAGCUACGUUAACAUUCCCGUCAUCGCUCUUUGCGACACUGACUCCCCCACCGACUUCGUCGACGUUGCCAUCCCCACCAACAACAAGGGUCGUCACUCCAUUGGUCUCGUCUGGUGGAUGCUUGCCCGUGAGGUCCUCCGUCUCCGUGGCACCCUCGCUUCCCGCGAGGCUGAGUGGGACACCGUUGUCGACCUGUACUUCUACCGCGACCCUGAGGCCGAGGAGAACAAGGAGAUCGCCGACGAGACCAAGGUCCCCGGUGCUGAGGAGAUUGGCCCCGCUGCCGUUGAGUCUGGCUUCGCUGGUGAGAACUGGGACACCCAGGCUCCUGGCGCUGGUGCUCCUGGCACUGCUUUCGCUGCUGCUAGCGCCGUUGGUGCCGCCAGCUGGGACGCCGAGGGUGGCGACUGGGCCGCCAGCUCUGCUCAGCCCGCUGCUGAGAGCUGGGCCGAGACUCAGCCCGCUGAGAACAAGUGGUAGAUUACUCUACUGCUGAAAAAUAAAAAGAAAAAUUGAAUGCGGUGACGAGGACAGCCGUUGAAAGGGGCUUUGGUUGGCAUAGCGACCCCGGGGGGGUUAUAUUUUCGUUUUAAAUAAUUCCACGAUCUAUUUACGACAAAGAGGAAUCGCCCUACAACCGGAAAAGAAAAUCCCUUGACAUGUCUAUCCUAGUUCCUGUUCUGGAAAAACUACUUUCUUUUCGUUUCAAAACUCAAAAAAAGAAUCAUUUUUCUCACUUCAACGCGCACCCACCCAAUUUUUCUACUGGUAUCCCCUAUCAGCAGUGUCAUCCGUUACCUCUCGCCUGUGUUUUUUUUUUUUUUAUCCUGUGUCUGUCAACGUCGAGGAGGAAUAGCCAUAUCGACAACAAUUGUUCGGCGCUUAUGAGGGAAAGAUAUCCAGAUGCUCUACUCUGUCUUGUUUU